AUUUCGGAACACAGCCGUUGCAUCUCCGUAUAGUGAAAAAAAAUGGUGUCCACUUAGUUAAUUUUCUGUCGAAUGCAGGCAAUUUCAUUGCGAUUCCUCUCGAUUGAAAUAUGCGGUGAAUCGAGUUUGCGGAGAAUGAAAUGUACGUACGUUUGUCCGCGAUCGCGUUUUGUAUCCUCGUGAAGUAUGAUCGGACGAUGGUCGUAGUCGAGAAUUGAGACGAUGUUUGAGAAGAGGUUAGGGCAGGGAUUGGCUUUAGAGUUCGUCCGACGAAGUUGAACCUUUCGAUUAAAUUAAAUUCGCUCUCUCCUCGGGCACAGCGAUACUAACGACGUGAAAAAUUGUGUAGGUGAGGGACAUCGCGUCUGAUCGGAGGAAGCAGAGGAAUAUGGGCCUAAAGGCGGCUGUCCAGGCUUUAAAAAAAGCGGAACCGUUGAAGGACAAGGUCCAGCGCUGCAAGGAUCUGCUGAACGACAAUGAUGCUUGGGUAUGCCAGCAGCAACUGCAGAAGAUAUAUCAGCAGGUCCUCAUACUGGAUCUGGAGUAUGCCCUGGAUAGAAAGGUCGAGCAGGAGCUGUGGAACCUGGGAUUUAAGAAUUAUAUAGCGACGCUGCAGGUGCAGGCUAAGGAUAGGAAGAAUCCUAAGCGCAGCGAGUCCCAAGCGUUACUGAGCUGGUGUUUAGAAGCGGCUAGUGGAUUCUACUUGACCUUGUUGCAGGAGAUUUGCACAGUUUUUGAUUUGGAUUUACCGUUCAGAAGGAAAGGUUACAUUUAUGGUUGUACGUCCCCCUGGAAGGCCGUUGAGAAAUUGUCUCCGCCUCACAAGUCGUCCUGUUUCUACGCCUGCCAAUACUGCCUUGUACAUCUGGGCGACAUCGCGCGAUACAGAAAUGAGAGCAAGCAAGCCGAGAUGUUUUAUCGACACGCCGUCUCGCUCUCACCAUCCAGCGGACAGCCGUACAACCAGUUAGCGCUACUCGAGGCAUCUCGCGGCGACAAGUUGGGCACGGUGUUCCAUUACGCUCGUUCCGUAGCUGUGAAACACCCCUUCCCGGCAGCCGCGUCCAACCUGGCCAUGAUUCUGUCCACCGCACUCAACGACAAGUCCUUCAACAUCGACGGCAAGACGAAACUGAGCUCUCAGGAAUACGUCGUCGUUUUCCUGAAACUCCACGGGAUAAUUCACAAUAUCGGCGACUUGAAGCUCGCGUGCUCGUACAGCAAACUGCUGACGGAAACGCUGACCGCGCUGGUCGCUACCGAGAGCUUCAGCUCGUGGAUGCUGAUACAGAUGCUGGUGAUCAACCUGUACGUGCUGCAGCACACGGUCGGCACCGUCGGAAGCGUCGACGGCGUGGAACUGCUGAGGAACGAGCAGCUGAGCAACGACGAGAAGCUCGCUCGCGACUGCAUACUGGACCUAAUUGCGGGCACCCUGUCUGCUUUAUUGUUGCCUGUUUACACGAUAAAAAACUCCAUUAUCGAGUACUUUGCGUUGCCUUCUAUAAAACUGUGCCUUGAUUGGAUCAACAUGAAGCCCAUGGUUUUGGAGGAAGUUGCUUUUACGUCGAGAUUACAGAUCUGGCCCAGCCUCUGCGUUCUGCUGAACGCCCUGCAGAAUUGCGUGGUCGACUUCAAAUAUGAUGACUACGCGACGGUGCCGUUGCCAGAGGACCGCGAUCUACAAGGUUUCUUACCGCUGGAGAAGAGUUUUGAGAACCUCAAGUUCACGAACAGCCCGGUCUUGGAAGGCGACGUCGCGACGUUGAACAAGCUGCGCGCCGUGCGCAUUCUGCGCCUGGGUCGUUGUCUCGCUCAAUAUCAGAUCAACGGAUCAGCGCCAAUUUCGAUCACGACGGAGGAGAAAACCGGCGACAGCAGAUUUACGUCCAUGAGCAACGGCGCCGGGCCAAGCAACGAAUUGAUGAAGGAGCUCGAAGAACUUAGCCUGAAUAAAGAUAAGCAACCGUUGAACACUUCAGUGAGCCCAGUGCUGUCUGAAGCGGCCAGCAGCAAGAGUUCUGUGGAAACUGAUGUCGAAAUUUCUGACCGAAAGAUUUUCCAGAGCAUUCUCAAACCACAAGGCUCCUUAGAACGAAAUCGCGAAUCCCUAGCGAGCACCGCUGAGACCAGCGGCGUCGAGACGAAUUCUUUGCCGUGUGCGAGAAAGCCACGGCAGAACAUAGCGAUGCAGGCAAUUAUGCGUCGCGCGGAGAGCGAGCAGAAACAGGUGACGUUUAAAAACGUCUCCCCAGUGAUGGUCGAGGACGAGAACGAUAGGAAAGCGAAAGCAGCCGCAGUCGUCGCUCCACCGGGCAACGCUCCCGCCGCGAAUAAGUCGAUGCCAAUCCCAGAGAUAUCCAAAGCUAACGAUGUCGCCAGUGCGACUAACGUUAACGUAUCGAAUCGCUUAUCGACGCUGACGCUCGCUUCGCCCGGCAGUCAGCAUCAACCCGCGUCGGUCCAGAGCCAGCAGAGACUCGCGAAGCUGCCGCCCGGCGUCUCCAUGCUCGCGCAGGCGAAUCAGCUGGCUGCGAAGGAACAACAGACUCAACAAAUCGCCCAGCAGAUGCUGCCACAGAUGCACCCCGCCAUGGUGGCGCAGUGCGGUCAACAAGCUCCGGCGCUGGGUCCGCUCUGCUAUCCCCCGAGUCAGUCCUUCAACAUGCAGAAUCCGCAGUUCGCCAAGAACUUCGUGGUGAACCGGCCGUCGCCGGUGAGCGCACCGCGCUACCAGAUGCAGGGGCAGCUGAACAACUGCCAGCAGCCGGUCUCGACGAUCUCGUCGCAGGCCAUGAGCGGAGUACAUCACGGAGUGGCGAACCCGAGUAGACCGCUGCACCAGAGGAUCUCGCAGAGCGUGUCUCACAAUCCCGCGCAGUUGCUGCAGCAGAGCAUGAUGCCGCAAAGCAUGAACUUGCAGGCGAAUAAUAUGGUACUGCAGUCGGGUAUGAACGUGGACCAGCAGAACCAUGCAAUUAGUCUGCAGCAGCAGCAAAACAUAAUACAGAGCAAUCCCAGGCCGAACCAGGCAGCUACGCAGAGUCAGCUGAGCAUGAACGGAUCGAGCUUGGCGAACAUGUCGGCGAUAAUGUCGACGUUGUCGACGAUGUACGAGAAGAACCCUCAGCAACCGACUCUGACGACGCUGCCAGGCUCGUCCAGUCCAACGGGUGCGUCGAAUUUCCAGCUCGGCUUCAAUCAGGCCCAAGCGUUCAGCCAGCCAACGCUGCCGCAAUCUCAGUCGUUCUUCAAGAAGGAUUCCGACGCGAUGGACUUCGCGUUCCCAAGUCAGGCCGGUGUAAGCAAGACUCAGCCGCAGCCGCAGAUGAAUAAUUACAACAUGUUCUGCAACUACGAACCGACCGAGCACUUCAAUCUGUGGAAGGACAAUCGAUCGACCGCCCAACAACCGUCGACUGCUUGGUGGAGCUCGGCCAGUAACGCUACAGCUCAAAUGCAACCGAAAGCUUCAACGGUUAAUGAUAGCGCGUUCUCGAACUGGAGCGAUUCGAUCAACGUUGGGAACAUGACGAGCAACAGGAUGAUGCUGACCCCCGGCAAGAAUUAUCAGCAACAGCAGCAGAACGGGCAGCACGGCAGACCUGUCGUGGGAAAUACUUUCGAGAGUUCCAGAUUGUUUGAACAGCUCGAGCAGAAAACGUCCUCUCAACCUGUGAGCACCGGAAACACUUACUCCUUGUUCAGCGGUAACACGUGGAGCACCGUUAACACGCCCGUUAAUUCGAGCUCGACUAGUCAGGAUCAGAUGAAGGCGAGACUUCAUCAGCAGUCUUUGUGGUCCGGCCCAGGCCCGUCGCCAUUGGAGCGGCUCCUGGAGCAGCAGAAGUCGCUGCGCGAGGGUGGUACCACUUGAAGGAACACGCGGAACAUCCACUGAGGAGGUCAAGCAGUGUAAUUUCGCAUUCAGCGUAUGCCGAUUUCAAGCGAUCACGAGCGUGUGCGAUUGCGAAACGUCACCUAAACUAUUUUGAUGGAAAAUAUACGAAAUUCUCAAAAGAUACAUAGAAGGAAUGGGUAAAAGAGGUUGACUCAGACGCAACAUCAUCCUCGAGGCAUUAUGAUAUGCACAGGGGAAAUAUAAUCCUCAUUAUUUGCUAGUUAUAUAUAUGCGAGAUACCCGCAAAGGGGGGACUCUCGAUAUAUCGCGUGAUUUUCGGGGCGGCUUAUUAUGGAAAAUUAAGAAAGGAUGGAAGUAAGGCUGAAUGAUCAUUCAAUUUAAUUCGUGUGGGAAUAAAUAGGCAAGCAACCAAGAAAAGAUAUUAGAGGUGCAAGGUGCAGUAGUUCUUAGCAUAUGUUAAUUAGUACGCAGAAAAUUAAACGGAACCGUAGAAAUUAAUCACCGACGAGACGCGCGUGAUUGUGUUGACGAUGUAUCCUAGGCGAACUUACGGAAAAACCACCGAGUAUAAUUAAUCUAUCCGAGGCUAUCUAUACGCUAUUGUUUCAUUUUAUUUGUUUACGGCGAUCAUCCUCCCAAUCGAUCGAGAUUCUCUGUAUUCGGAAAUUAGAUAGAUGAACAAAAAUGACGAUUGAACGCUCAUUUUCGAAGUAACUUUUUUUUAUUUGACGUAAUAUUUGUCGCAAAAAUAUAUUAACAAGUUUUCUUUCUGUAAUAUUAUUACACGUUAUAUCACACGUGUCGCGAUUAUUACACAAUCACGAAGCGGUCCUCCGUUUCAUCCACAACAAAGUGCUUGAAAUUUUCGCUUCUGGAUCUCGUGACGUCUAAUAUAUUUUACUGAGAGAAUACAUAGAAAGUACUCCGUGCAAAAGUAUAGGAAGCAGUUAUCUUUUUCCUCCUUCCCAUCUAUUUUUUAAUGUAGAACUGUCCAAGUCGUAAUUGUAAUAAAACUGUUAAAAAAUCC